AUGAAUUUCAAGUGUGUUGCUAAUUUAGGUUUUUGCAAGCAGCUGCCUAAAUUAUUAUCGGAAAUUUCGUUCCCAACUAAGAACCACGAAGUAAAGCUUCUUCCAGGAACAAAAGUCGACUCAGAAAUAUUUAUUCGAACUACAUUAACUUUAAACGGGUUUGGUAUGGACUCAAAAAUCACACGGAUUAAGACAAUGAAUAUAGUAAGUACUGAGGUGAAAUUUACGGACGUUAAUUUUUCUGGAAACAUAAUUGUUUCUACAGGAUCAAAAUUUUAUGCCACAAAUUGCAAUUUUAAUUGCUCUUGCGAAAAGCAAGAUGCAAUCAUAGAAAUUUCGCCCAACGCCGUUUGUGAAUUUACAAAUUGUAAUUUCUAUGGAGGCAAUCAAAGUUCUAUUACGUCUAAUGGCCCUAAUAAUAUUACGUUUAAUAAUUGCUCGUUCUUAAAAGCCCCCGUGACCUCUUUAGUCCUUUCAAAUGAAACAGGUGUAAAAUUUUACAACUGCCAAUUCCAAGAUGCCACUAAAUAUUCAGUUCUCAUUACAAAGAAAUCGAACGGUUCAUUUAAUUCAUGUACUUUCGCUCAAAUUCCCGGAAAAGCAAUCGCGGCCUGUACAGAAUCAAUGAUUUCCCUCUCUGACAGCAAGUUUUCCGAGUGCCAGAAUGGAGUACUAUGCUCCUGUGACCAAACCGUUGUCAAAAUUACAAAUUCUGAAUUCAAAGAUAUACCAACCAUCGGAAUUACCCUUUCUAAGGGUUCCAAUGCAUACAUUGAGGGUAGUUCCUUCGAUAAUUGCUCGCGAGCGCUCAUAGUAAACCGAAGUUACGUAGUUUUGAACAAAACUUCCUUUAAGAACUGUAUUUUCCUUGUUAUAGGCAAAUACUGUCCUCAGAUAAUUACGAACAACCAGUUUCUGAACUCAGAAAUUGGAAUUACCGAUGGUUGUAAUCCAAUAUUCAAAAAUAACCAGGUAGUUAACAGUGUUGUUCGUUGCGGCGACUUCUCCAAGCCAUUACUUAUCAAUACUCCCAUCACAGAACUCGUUUCCUCCAAUUGUUCCCAAGUUUUUCUUUAUCAUUCGCCAAGACAGCAAGAAAAGUGCAUUCUUGGUGCUGAAAUCAUUGAUACAGAGUCAGAAAACUUCGAAAUCCAGCGAAAGAACGGAGUUUUCAAGUAUUCCAAUGGCGAAUAUCAAAUUCCUGAAGAAAACAUUGAUUACGUCCCUCCAAAUGGUUACCAAGACCUUCCUUUGAUAUUUAUACCAUGCGGGCACCUUUGUAGCACUGAAUGCGACAAAUGCCCCGUUUGUGGAAUAUCCGGAAGGACUUCAAAGAGAUUUAAGACCGACAGAUGCGUAAUAUGCAUGGAUGCGGCACCGGAAUUAGUGUUCAUGCCCUGCGGACACCAAUGCUGCUGCCAUGAAUGCGGAUUGUCGGCCGCUGAAGGAAAGAAGUGCCCAAUUUGUGGAGUAAUCGCCUGUGCUACUAAGAAGAUGUUUAUGUAG